CGACACCGUCGCUCGUUGCGCGAGCACACGUGGACGAUAUCAUAGUCAGAUUGCACGCGUUGCGUGUAUUUUGUUAACGCUGACAGUGAUCUCGAUCUUUCGUGCGUAAGUUGACACGAGAACGGAUUACCUCGUUGAAUUUUCGGGUAAAUUGUGAGUUUGCAAUUCGCGAGCUCAUAAGCAGAAAUUCUCUGUAUUUCAAAUCGUAGGAGAAUUGUUUUUCGCAUUAAGAUCGAGUCGAUCGCUAUACUCGAUUCUGAUAUCAAUAAAGAAACGUCAUUCAACGCGCAUCAUUUAAGAAUAUCGAUAUAAACGGAACGUUAUUUCACCACUCGAGUAUUUGUGAAUAAGUGCAUUUCGAUUGUUUAUCGGGGUGUACAUUGUGAGACAAUUUUCGGAACAAACGAGGAAUUGGAUAAGAAUCAACGGCGAACACACGAGCCACCAACGGCUGUUACGCUCGCGGGUGACAAGUGGUUCGGUGACGCGUGGUUAACCACGUGGCGCGGUGUGCGCGCCGGUGUGUACAGCCGCCCGUCAAUGGUGUGAACUUUCGUAGAACUUUCCUUCUCUCUGGACAUAUUUGGCGCGCCAAAUGAUCGAAUCACACGCGCAUACGAGGGACAAGUGACAGAGGUCGUUGGUAUCAGUUAGUGUCGCGUUGUGAGUGAGUGCACUUUGCGAUUCCAAGCGAUUUGAUCGUCGCUCUGAGAACUCUGACGUGCAUUGUCACGUAUUUGAAUUCGCGUUCCGGGACUCUUGGCCGACGCGCUACUUGAUCUCUCGAGACACUCGAGGGCAUGGUACAACGGUGAUUAGUCUGCAAUACAUCAUCGCUAGUGCCAACAAAAGUCGCGAGGGAAGACAAUAAUCUGGUGGAUAGUCUGGUCUCGCUGUCGCAGGCCGCCGCGAAAUGCUUAGAGCCUUAGUCGCACAAUCCGGCCAAUCACGUAGGGUGCUGCUGCGAUCAGAGCUGAAGGCCGUCGCGGCCUGUUAAAAUGACCGCGCGUCUACACUCGCUGAGGCAUCAGGAGAAGAAAUCAGCCGGCAACAACCACAGACAGCAUCACCAGCAUCAACAGGCCGUGCAUCAGGGUCCGAGCCCGGCACCGAGCCCCAGUCCCAGCCUCAGCCCGAGCCCCAAACACUCGGACGGACGAAGAGCUAACAAACCACUAAUGGAAAAACGACGGCGAGCAAGGAUUAACCAAUCCUUAGCGGCGCUGAAGGCGCUCAUUCUCGACAGCGCCCGCCUGGAGAACACCAAGCAUAGCAAGCUGGAAAAAGCCGAUAUUUUGGAGCUUACGGUCAGGCAUUUGCAGCGACAGAGAUCGCUUGCUCAACCCGGCCUGUCCAGGUACAAGGCAGGAUAUCAGGACUGCUCAAGAGAGGUGAGCCGCUAUCUCGAUGCGCCGGACAUUAUUACGGGUAACACGACGCCGAUGGAUCCGGCCGUGAAGCAGCGGCUACUGCGCCACUUGGACAGUUGCGUGUCGGAGCUGGACCUGGAUCUGGGAUCACGGCCCGAUAGUGGUCUGGGUAGUAGUCCGGGUAGCGUGACAGACCGUGUGGUGGGAGCGACGAGUCCGAGCCCAAUGGAUCAUCACGUGCCGGUCGGACCGCACUGCAGCAGUGCCGCGCUCACGCCGGCCAGUCUGAUCAAGUCCGAAAUUCCGGAUAUGGUCGAGGCUACCCGACCCGACAGCAGCACCACCGCCGGCGAUGAAAACAACAAUAGCAGUCGACCGACAUCCGCUUUCAGUCAGGUGAAUCCGGCGACAUUGGACCCGCACCAUCCGCAUCAUCCGUCUGGUAUACCGGUCGAUCAGGCCUCUACGUCACAGCAGAAUCCCAACAACAUGCUCUCCGUGGUACAGGUUAUACCUUCCCGAUUGCCGGACGGCCAAGUGGUCUUCCUGUUGCCAAGCCACUACGUACAACUGGCGGCGGCAGCCGCGGCGAAUGGUAUCAGCAUUGGGCCGAAUCCACCCACGGCGAUCUGGGCAGCGACCAACAUGUCGUUGCUCAAGGCCACCGACAAAUUGGCGAAACGACCGCAUGACGACAUCGGCCAGGAGUGGCAGGAUCCCACUGGCGGUCUCAAACCCAGUAAGAGCCCAAGGAUGGAACAGCCGGAGCAGCCGCUCGACUUCACCACCACGUCAAAGAAAAUGAAGAUUGCCAGCUCGAGAAGCUCGUCCGUGCACUCUGGCGUCGUCGAUCACCAUCAUCAUCUACGGCAACAGCAGGUUUCGACCCGUUUGCCAACCGAGCCUGCCGGCGGUCCCAUCGUUCACGAGGACAGACCUUCUAGUCACGCGGACAACGAGGUCGCCAUUGGCAUACCGUCCCCGUCGCCCGUCGGUCAGCAACCUGUCAAGGAUGAAGAGGGCAUGUGGAGGCCAUGGUAAAGGGCCGCCCAUAUAACGGCCCUCUGUCUUUGUAAAUAGAAAUAUAUCUUGUGGGACAGAAUACGCGCGAAACCGGAAGUCGUAGCGGUGCGCGACUGCGUCGUCUAUUGCGGAAAUCUUCCUUGGUUAGGGUAAGAUCGUAUGUGUGUAUGUGUGCGUGUACACAUACAUAUAUAUAUAUAUAUAUAUUCUCUUUCUCUCUCGCUCUGGCGUAGAAAAUUACAGGAGUAGAAUUGCCGCAAAUUUUGAAUAGCUUAGAUAUUUUAUUUACUAUGGACACACACAAACACAUAAACAAUACAAAUAUUCAUUUCGAAUUCAAGAAUAGAACUCUAGACAAAAAUGCGUGUAUACUACGAGAAAGAGCUCCUCCAAUUAAGAUAUAAUAUUAUUCUUAAACAAAAGUAGAAAUAAUUAUCGCGAAUAUUUCUUUACGUUAUUACUAAAAUUAGUAAUGACACAAUUUUACGAUAAUGCAAUCCGCCGAAAUUACGCAAUCGUCAUGAAAUACUUUCAUGAAUACAGGAAAUUAAUAUGUUAGAAAUAUGGAGAAGUUGAGUGCUAAUUGGCAGAAAUAAAAAUUAUAUACAGGAUGUUUUUAAAAUGAUUAUUUAUUUGACGAAAUAAUAAUAGGGAUUAUAAAAAACAUCUUUAAUAUAUGAAUAUAUAUAUAUAUAUAUAUAUAUACAAUGUCUCUACAGAUUUAAAAGUGAUCAACUAUUUCAUGGAACACACAAGCAAUUGAAUUUUAAAUCCAUGAUUUUAUAUAAUAAUGGAUGUACCGUUAUAACCGUAACAAAUUUUAAGAAAUCUAUAAUUUCGCCAAAAUAGAUAGUUACUUUAGGAACAUAUUGUAUAUCUUUUCACGUACCUUUGCAAGGUAUUUACGAAUUUAUAUAUAUCGAGAGAGAGAGAGAGAGAAAGAGAGAGAGAGAUAGAAUGUGUGUGGGUGUUCUCCCCACCCCAUCAUAUAUAUAUAUAUUAUUCCAUCAAUCUGCAGUUUCGUUUUCGAGGCGAAAAAACAUUGCGACUAACUUUUUUUCGCUGUCACUACUUGUUCAUGUGGAAACGAGUACACGGAAAAGGCGUAUGCGCAUUCUCGCUUAAUAACGUCGCGCUCUCGCGUGCGUGACGUCAAUGGUAUGCGCGUCGUUUCUUGCGACGGCGUUAAUGAAGCCUUUAAUUUGCAUCAUGCUUAAAAGUGCCGCAACCGCUAAAAUCGCUGCAAUGCCGUUCGAAUAAUGCGUUCGACGCGUCCGUUGUGUAUUGCGAGAUUUUCACGACGACGAUGACGUCAUCUGAGUGACGACAGCAACGAAUCAUAACACAGAACAACUUAUACAAACAACAAAAAAUAAAAUACGCUGUAUACCUCUUUUUAAAGGCUACAUAGAAAAGCAUUCAGAAAGAUAAGACGAAAACGUAUUAAUUUCCGUUCGACUAUUCUAGUUUCAUUAAAUAGAGCUUUCCAUUCUUUUCACAAUAUCGGAAGGAAACUGUUUUAGCCAAAUACGGAAAUUUGUUAUUCAUUUUAUUUCAAUUUGUAUUUACGUAUCUUCUUUCGAUUUUUUUUUUUUAUUUAAUUCUGAUUACUUUUUACUUCUCUGUCGAAAAAUCGACACGAAAGAAGCAAAAACGGAAAUGACUCGCAGCUAGAUGCGAAUCUGAACUCAUACAGCACAUAAUAAUGCAACAACAUUGCGGCAAUAUUUCAAUGUUGCUACAAUGUUGUAUUCUGUGUUGUAUGGAGAAAAAUGCCAAAGCAACAUAUAUGUGCGAGACAGAAUUGUAAGAUAUAUAGAUGCCUAACGAAAAUUUCUGCAAUUUUCCUCGCAAGAAGAUAAUGAGGGAGCGGCCUCAGUUUCCCUCAACGGAGGCGAUUGAUCCCGUGACUGCGCCGUUAUGCGAACGACAAAGAAAAUAGUUUUGACGUAGUUGCGCAUUACAAAAUAAUUGUAUGUAUGUAAAUGACAAAAUAAUUAAUUUACGAUUCAGGGAAGAAAGUGAAAGAAAGAGCAGUAAGCGUGCAAGAGAAAGAGUGCGUGCAUUUUAGUCCGUCAUUCGUGUACAUAGCCUCUCGAUAAUUAUUGCUCUAUUUGCGAAAUAUAGAUUUAUUUUGAUGUUAUCUAGGUGUAUAUGGCGAGAGAAAGAAAGAGAUAAGUAUGUAUGUGAAGGCGCGAUUAAUAAUCGCGGUUCAACGUAGCGAAGAAUCACCACCUAAUUUACGUCUGUAAUUGCUAAAUAUCUUGGAAUUCGAAUUCCUUAUUCAAUGUACUUAGACGAGCAGUCAAUAUAGAUAUAUAUAUUGAACUGUA